AUGGAGAAAAGUAUGCUGAAUAUGAAGCCUCAGAAUGUAAACAAAGAUUCCUGUGUGGUGGAUGUUACAAAUGGGCAGCAUUUAGCUGUGUCUAUGGAGAAGGAAGUAAGCGAGUCUGUUGAAGUGGUUCAGCUAACAGAACUGUCAUCAGAUGAGAUUGCAGAUGGUGAUCUGUUAAAAAUAGAGGGGGAUGAUCCAAGUGACAGGUCUGCUGUUUCACGGGAUGAGGUGGCAGGCAUCAUCACCCCAUGUCAAGGAGACAUGACCAAAGAUGUAGAGAGAGCGGAAAAGCAGUACUCUGUUUCGGAGGAAUCUGAAUUUCUUGUUGCAUCACCAUGUCAAGGAGACAUGACCAAAGAUGUAGAGAGAGCGGAAAAGCAGUACUCUGUUUCGGAGGAAUCUGAUUCACAAACAAACAGCAGACUGACCGUUAGUCUUCAGUCCUUUGCAAGUGAGAGUCAGCUGAAGGAAGAGGAUGUAGAUGAUUCACUGAGCUGUGAAGGUGAAGAGCACACUCUGAAGAAGAUCAGGAAGUCAGCACGGCAGUCAAAACCAACUGAAUUUUACAAAGCAAUAGGAUUAAAAAGCCCAACAGCUGCUGUGUCUUCAUCUGAUGGUGAAUUGCAGCCUUCUGAUCAAGGUCGACCAUUUUCCACUCAAAAGUGCAAGGCCAAAGUCAGCAGAUGCAGACGCUGGAGAGAUGUUAACCACCGAAGUUUGGGGAUUAACCAAGGCGCAGGAAAGACGGUUUUGGUAACUCUUAGGGCUUCUCAGGAUACAGAGGAAGAUGACGUUGAAUCUGAUGUAGACUAUGAUGAUGAUGAAACCUACCUUCUCAGUCCUGAAGAAGUGAACAAAGCUCCGGCAUUUGUGCCUGUGAGCCUGCGCUCUCCAGAACCUGUUCCAUUGCAGCUUGAGGAAACUGUGGAGGAGCUUGAAAUAUUAGUUAAUGCCCCAGACGCACAUUGUGCUAGUGAAAUGGAGCAUUUACCUCAUAAUCUAAGAGGGUUUGGUGAACCUGUGGUCCAAGGAGGUGACAUCUUGCCAAGUGAAAAUCACAUGGGCUUGCAAGCUGAAAUUGAUUAUACAGAUACCAGAGAAGAAAAAGGUAAAGUUGACUACUUAAAUUUGAAUGUCUUGUUGAAAAUUUCUUUAGGGAUAUUUAUUUUUUGUAGACUGCCUUAUAAGACUUGUUUAUAA